GUCAAUUCUAACAAUUUCCGAGUUCUUGCUUGAUAUAUUGUUUGGUAAUUGGUGUUCUUAAGUGUAUUAUAAUUUAAUAGACAAAAGAACAACUAACAUAAAAAAUGGGGAAAGGAUUUAAUAACUAUAUGUGCAAGAAGUUUUUCCAUCCAGCUUCGAGAGAUAAUUUAAAAAGGGUAUGGAUGGCAGAACAGAAAACUGACGCUUACAAGAAAAAGCAGGAAGAAUUGAGGGUACAAUAUGAAAAGGAGCAAGAAUUACAUGAAAAUAAAGCACUGCUAAGUAAAGAUAGCAAAGAUAAACUGAGCUUAAAUUUUAUGUAUGAACCUCCACCAGGAGUUAAAAAAGAGCGGGAACGUGAAGACAAUGAACCGGAGUAUAAAUUUGAAUGGCAACGCAAGUACAAUGCACCAAGAGAAAGCUAUUGUAAAGGUGACAAUGAAAUCAGGGAUCAGCCAUUUGGAAUUUUGGUCAGAAAUGUAAGGUGCAUUAAAUGUCACAAAUGGGGUCAUAUAAACACAGAUAAAGAGUGUUCAAUGUAUUCUCUGUCAAUGAGUGAGGCAAGAGCACUGCAAGCUUCAGCUUCUAUGCCUGAGGAAGAAGAGGAAAAACCUGAUGUUCCAACAUUGAUGCAGCAAAUGAGGGAUACAGGUCUUGUAAUGAAAGCUGGAGCUAUGCCUCUUGCUGCAAAUAGGAUUGUUGAUAAUGAUUCUUCACUUACUGAAACAGAUCUUAUAAGUCAAUUGACAAAGAAACAGAAGAAGAAGCUAUUAAAAAAACUGGAGAAGCUGGAAAAGAAGAAGGACAAAAAGCAUAAGCAUAAUAAACAUUAAAGUAAUAUGUUACAAAUUAUCAUUAAAAAAUCAAGCUCUUAUUUAAUCUCUUUACUUAAAACAAAAAAAAAAUUAAAUAUAUACAAUGUAAUGUUAUUAUCACUAAGUGUGUGUAAAAUUUCAACUCAAUCAAUUAAAUGAAACAGUUUCGAAUACAAUUGCAAUAUUUGAACCACGCAGCAACCUAAAUAAAAGCUCACGAGAAACACUUAAUUAGCCAUCUUAUGAAACAUUGCUAAAAGUAAUUAUAUAUAAACUUUAAUUUGUUCUUUUAAAUAAAUAGAAAUGAAAAAUAUUUGAAAACAUAUAGUAUCAAUAAUUACUUAAUACAUGCUUUCUAAAUUCUAUGGGAUUUAAAAUAUGUUCUGUAGUAUAUUUUUGUAUUGUAUUUCUAAUAAAUCUGUUUAACUAUCAAUAGAACAUUUAAGAAAAAUAAAAUAUCUAAUUUUGUCUA